CUUACGCCGCAGAUUGUGUAUUUAUUUUUUCUUUCUUUUUUAAAAAAAAGAAUACUGUCAGUUGUCGCGGGAACCAUUUCUGCACAUUUAUAGUUGGCAACACCUGCAAGCUUUUUUUGAUUUGUUUACACCCUUCUACAUUGGAUAUUUUUUGUUGCCGGUGCUUCACUCGGACGAUUUGGACAUUUUGGAGAAGGAAUGCGCCGGGAAUCCCAUGAAGAGCGCUAAUAAAUGAAAGAUCACCAAGGAGCGUUUCUGUCUACACCAGCCGUCAAAUCCCAGAGAAAAGACAGAUUGGCAUGAGGAUCAGUGCGGGAUACGAUGGACCGUCAAUUUUGACAAAGAAGUGUUAAGAAGAAGAAGCAAGAUUUAUGCAUUUUUCUACAAACACAGUCACGCGUUUUGGCACUUUGGACCGCGCGUAAAAAAGCGAGAGGACAGCGAGAACUUGGGACAUAAGAUUUACGCUAAAACAUUUUCACAUCACUGCUAUAGGCUUUUUUUUUCUUCUUUUUUUUUUAAACGUGUGUGCUCUGUGUCGAAGAAGAACCAUAGCCGUGCAUCCCUCUUGUCUGCGGCACAUGCUAUAACCGAUUUCGUAUAUGAGUUUUUCAAUUUGUGUGGCUCAGUGCACAGACUCUUUAGCGGCUACUAUGGACGAUCAAGCCCGGAUCAUGCAGUCGAUCGGCGGUGUCAGUCUGGCUGGCCACUCGGUACAAGGAGGCAUGGCACUGCCGCCUCCACAUGGACACGAUGGGACAGACGGAGACGGAAGAAAACAAGACAUUGGUGACAUUCUCCAUCAAAUAAUGACCAUAACUGAUCAAAGUCUGGACGAGGCGCAAGCAAAGAAACAUGGACUGAACUGUCACAGAAUGAAACCAGCACUCUUCAGCGUUCUCUGUGAAAUCAAAGAAAAAACAGGUCUUAGCAUCCGUGGUGCGCAGGAGGAGGACCCCCCAGACCCCCAGCUCAUGCGUUUAGACAACAUGCUGCUGGCAGAAGGCGUGGCGGGACCAGAGAAAGGAGGCGGAUCCGCCGCCGCCGCAGCUGCAGCCGCAGCCUCUGGCGGCGCGGCCGACAACUCCAUCGAACAUUCUGACUACAGAGCCAAACUCACCCAGAUCAGACAGAUCUACCAUACGGAGCUGGAGAAAUACGAACAGGCAUGUAACGAAUUCACCACCCAUGUGAUGAACCUGCUGCGGGAACAGUCUCGCACGCGGCCCAUUUCUCCCAAAGAGAUUGAGCGCAUGGUGGGAAUCAUCCACCGUAAAUUCAGCUCCAUCCAGAUGCAACUGAAACAGAGCACCUGUGAGGCUGUCAUGAUCCUGCGCUCCAGAUUCCUUGAUGCCAGGCGGAAAAGGAGAAACUUCAGCAAGCAGGCGACGGAAAUCUUGAACGAAUAUUUCUACUCGCACCUCAGCAACCCGUAUCCGAGCGAGGAGGCUAAGGAGGAGCUGGCCAAGAAGUGCAGCAUCACAGUUUCCCAGGUAUCCAACUGGUUUGGCAACAAAAGGAUCCGGUACAAGAAAAAUAUCGGCAAGUUUCAGGAAGAAGCCAACCUGUAUGCUGCCAAGACUGCUGUAAAUGCAGCACACGCUGCAGCCGCUGCAGUGCAGAACAGCCAGGCCAACUCCCCUACCACACCUAACUCCGGUUCUUCAGGUUCUUUUAACCUCCCAAACUCUGGGGACAUGUUCUUGAGCAUGCAGAGUCUGAAUGGGGAUUCUUACCAAGGGGCACAAGUCGGAGCCAAUGUACAGUCACAGGUGGAUACCCUGCGCCAUGUUAUCAGUCAGACGGCAGGAUACAAUGAUGCUCUUGGGGGGAACACAAUGUAUAGUCCACACGGCUUAAAUGCUAAUGGGGGAUGGCAAGAUGCAGCGACUCCGUCUUCUGUGAUAUCUCCGACAGAAGGACCCGGAAGUGUGCACUCCGAUACCUCGAAUUGAUCCGCUGUUAAUGCAUCUUCUCCUCAAAGCUGGGCAUGGGACUAUUUUCACUGGCUGACCAACUGCAGAGGAUACACACACAUAAAAAAAAACACUUUUCACAACAGAUUGUUUUUUUUUUUCCCCUGUACUUUAACAUUUCCCCCCCCACGCACCAAGCCAAACACACCCUCCUACAUUAACACCCAGUGUUCUCCUGGUCGUUUGGUGUUUUUCUUUCUGUCUCCAUAAAUCCAACGUGAUCUCCAUGCUCUUAUUUGUAUGUCGUAGGGGUAAGCACACGCAAACAGAAAACAAACUUUCUGGAUAAUUAGCUCCUCCAAACUUAAAAUACUGGAUGACACUUGCGCAUUUAAUGUGACAUUUUAAACGCCCAUUUGUUUGAUUCUUGAUUUAAUUACCACUUGCCAUUUUGAUAAUUGGGUUCUCUUUCAGUUCUUACAAUACAUAGAUUAAAGCAGCUGUUUCUUUGACUGUAAUGUGCUUGCAAUCUUGUCCAGCAACUCAACAAUGCUACUGUUGACAGCUCAAUGGCAGCUUUGUAGUUACUUUCAAGAUUUAUUUUGCCUUACAGCCGUAUACAUUAGUACAAGGAAAUGGCUUCAAACUCUGGAACAUAAAGAAGUGUAAUUGAUUGCUUGACUAUAACAUGACACCAUUCCAUAUUUUAUAAUUUGAUGUUUAGUAUGUACAUAUGUAAACAUUUUCUUUCUUUUUUUUUGUACUGCUUAUCAACAAAUAAUACACAGUAUAUCAUUCCUUCAUGGCGCACAGGAGCAGGCCCCGUUACGCAGGAAAAGUUGUACAUAAUAUAGCUUAAGAGUAAUUAUACAUCCCACCAAUCAAAACACAGCUUUAUUACCUCAUUCAAAUUCAUAAAAAGAACAAUAAUUUCCAAUUUCUGUAGCUUAGAGUGCUCACUUACUACCUCUAAACAAUAUCACCACCAUAGUUUCUUUUGCCCUUAUUUAAUGUUUUCCUCUAGUUACUUUAAAGACAUCUUGUAACACUGUAAACUCUUCAUCCUCUAUGUAAUCUAAUGUAUAUUUUAAUCUUUUAAUAAAAUGCCGUUGCUGUACCGCAACUUAAAAUGACAAAUAAAAAAAUGAAAAUGAUAACAAUAUUAAUAC